CAAAGUCAAGGUAGGAGCCCAUAACAAAACACAUCACAUGCCAUCAAAUUUGAGCCAAUUCCUACUUGUACCUACAUAUGUAACAACAAGCAUUGGAUGCAAGACGUGUAUUGAAGAGAUGGCGACUGGGUGGUCAUCAGGUGGUGAGGCCUUAGAUGGUGUAUGCAAAGGCUCUUGAUAUCACUUGCUCUGGAGACCCUCGUUCGUUCCUGGCGCUGGGUGCAAGAAACAAGUGAUGGCCGUACUGAAGCUGCUGAACUGUUAGGAUUAAGUUGGCUAGAAGUGCGUGGAAAACUUAACACCACAAAGCUGUCGCCAGGAAUUCAGUAUGAAGUUGUAUUUGUGGUCAAGCUGCAAGCUAAAGCUUAUGGAUGGGAAGUUCCAGUGAAUCUCAAACUCAAUGUCCCACACGCUUCAGAGAAUCGAUGGAGUAAAGUUAAUUUGACGGAUAAGGCAAGAGAGCAUUGGAUAGAGAUUCCAGUUGGCGACUUUACUGCAUCACCGAAAAACCUGGGGACGUCGAGUUUUCAUUGUAUGAAUAUGAUCAGAGAUGGAAGACUGGACUUGUUAUCAAAGGUGUUGUCGUUCGGCCAGUUUACUAAUAACUUGGCAUAUGAGCAGAGAGAUGAUGUUCUGGUUUUUUCAUUUCUCUGAAAUGAGAGAACUGCAUAUGUAAUAAAUGAUAGCAUAUGGUUGUUAAUUAGCAAGAGUUUUCUGUUGGCGCAGUUUUAUAAACCUUCUAUUGGCA